CAUAUCAAACCAAAUUAAAUUCUCAGAAAAACAAAAACAAAACCCGGAGCCCAAAAAGGAGUUAGGAAUGGAGGAUCCUAACAAAGGGAAGGAGGAGGAGGCCAGAGAGGAAGUGCGGUACCGAGGAGUGCGAAGGAGGCCGUGGGGGAAGUAUGCCGCGGAGAUACGGGACCCAACCAGGCAGGGCGCACGGGCGUGGCUGGGGACGUUUGAUACUGCAGAGGAGGCGGCGCGUGCUUAUGAUAGGGCGGCGUUUAACCUGAGAGGUCACCUUGCUGUGCUCAAUUUCCCACAGGAGUAUUAUCAUCAGGUGGUGGGGUCGAUGCCUUAUCCUCCUAUAGCAAUGUCGUCGUCGUCUGCGGGGUCUUCUUCUGGGGGUGCUGGUUCGUCUAGUAGAGGUGGACGAGGAAUGCCGCCGUCUCCACGGCCGCCACAGCAGCAGGUUAUUGAGCUUGAGUAUUUGGAUAACAAGGUGUUGGAGGAUCUACUUGCAUCAGAAGAAGAGAAAAGGAAAUGGAAUAAAGAUUGAAUUAAUUGAUUCAAAAACACUUGUUUUCUUCCAGACCUGAAUCUCCGGUUUUUUCUUUCUUCUCGCCACCCAUCCUCUUGUUAAGUGACAGUAAUGAUUAAAUUCCAACGGCCAUACUAAAAAGUUAGCUUGAUCUUUAUAAGAUUUCAAAAGCUUUUCCUCAUACAGAUGCUUGUUGUUUUGAUUCCUUUGAUUUGGUUGUAUAGUUCAUUCUUUUGUACGAUUUGAUUUUGGAUUGAUACUUUGUCUAGGUUGUUGCAUUUGUUUGUGGAAAUUAAUUAUUUUCACAGGUACUAUUGAUUCUUUGUAAGUUUAUUUUGUUGUACGGCUAACAAGUUAGAAUUUCCUUUUUAUUUUACAUUAAUACAAUUUAUCUUUCUAA